UGAAUAUAAGCGAUUUCCGAAAUAAGGAGAUGGAACACAGAACAUAUAAAAUCUGUUUGGAAGAGAUUGUCAAAAGUCCGGAGAUAUUAGAAACUCGUAACAAUGAAUCCUCCAAAAAUUUGGCGUCACGAUGUUUGGAAUCACUCGAGUCUAAGAAAGUGCCUUGCUGUGGCCCGUUGCUAAUUGCUCAAAGUGCUAGGUCAAGUCCAAUCCCCGCUCGUCAAGUCGAAAGUCCCAGGCAAGAAAAGAAAUUACCUGAAGUACGGACCUUCUGGAGAAGCAAAGCUAGUGUUAUGAAAACGUUAAAAAGAGCAUCAAACUUGAAUUCUAAUAAUAUAAUCAAUCAAAUGGUGGACUUACACCGCGAUUUCAGUAAAGCGCUAUCCAAUACUACUCGACAAAAUAUUGAACCAGCUCUAAGACAGGAAAGAACGAAGAACGAAGCCGAAUUUGAUUCUGAUUCGAGUAAUACAAUAUCGGAUGAUGGUAAUGAAGAAAACCUCGAAGAACCCGAUAUGGAAGAGGAGGUGACUUUAUCUCGUAAACGAAAAAAUGUGGGUUCCAGUGAAGAGCGAAUAUUUAGUUCAGAUAAUCAAGAACAAUCUUCAGAAUUUCAAUUAGAAGUGGAUUUAUUAGAUAUUAUACAAGGUCCGAAAAUUGAGGCCGAAGAGUCUAUUAAUAAAAAUGAGAUUGAAGAAUGCUGGAAUGCAUGUUUGCUAAAAAAAUUAGUUGGUAAUUAUCACGAAGUCAUCAAAGGGAAUAUAAAUGAAGAUACAUUUUCUACAGACUUCAAUUCACUUAUGACCGGUUUUACAAAACAACAAUUUGAUAGAUACGAUCAUCAAAAAAAUUAUGAAUUGUUUUGGUGUCAGGACUUUUAUACGCGGUUAACUCUCCAAUUAUUGCGAAAACAUAGUGCUUUGUUAGACAACAGUACAAGUGAAUAUCAAUAUCGAGACGAAAUAAUAAAUCCUCUUCUAGCUUCAAUCUUUUUUGAUGUCGAAAAUGCAUUGUGGUUUAAAACUGGGGAAAUUGAAAAUGUGACACGGAAACGACAACGCAAUUUUUCAAAACAAGAAAAUGAACGUGAAAGACUUGGUGAUAAACAUGACGGUAUUUUAUAUAUGAACGUACAAGGUGCACCAGUCGAAAUCGGGUUUUUAGAAGUAGUCGGCAAUGCGUUUACCAAGAUAAUAUCCGACAAAAAUGAUGAUCUUGAGAAACUACUAAAAGCCAUGAUGAUAUCUCUUUGGUAUCAACAUGCACAUCAAUCAGAAGAGAGUAUCCCGGAAAACAUGAAGUUGCAAUCAUAUGCAAUUUUAGUAUUCGAUAACAUGUAUAUUGUUGAUGAAUUUGAUGCAUUCGUCAUACCAGUUUCGGGUGUAGAUUUUUCACAAAUCGAAAAUAUCGUUGAAAUAGUGAAGAAAUUUAAAAUACGACUGAUAAAGUAUUAUUGGCAACUUAUCCAAAAGACACGUAAAGUCACUCGGCUUCCAAAGCCGGGAUUACCAAAGGCUUCUCCUUCCAAGAAUUAG